UUUCUCAGAAAAGUAAUGUCUCGUCCUUUCAAUCCAAAAAUGUUCUUCUUCAUCCAAUUUCUAAUAGCAAUAACUUCAAUUUUUCUCAAAAAACAGCACUACUCCACAUUUAUUCGAUGUUCGAUUUCGAAUCGACGACCUGAAUAUAUACCCAGUAAAAUCUCCGACCCAAAAUACGUCCGCAUUUUCGAUACUACUCUUCGUGACGGUGAGCAAUCUCCAGGUGCUACAAUGACUACAAAAGAGAAACUAGACGUAGCUCGUCAACUAGCGAAACUGGGUGUCGAUAUAAUUGAAGCUGGAUUUCCAGCUUCAUCUGAAGCAGAUUUCGAAGCUGUGAAAUUAAUUGCAGAGGAAAUUGGUAAUAAUAGUUAUGAUGAAAAUGGAUAUGUGCCUGUAAUUUGUGGGUUAUCUAGAUGUAAUAAAAGUGAUAUUGAUAAAGCUUGGGGAGCUGUGAAAAAUGCUAAAAAACCUAGGGUUCAUACGUUUAUUGCUACGAGUGAAAUACAUAUGAAGUAUAAAUUGAAGAUGAGUAGAGAACAAGUGGUGGAGAAAGCAACGAGUAUGGUAGCUUAUGCUAGAAGCCUUGGAUGUGAAGAUGUUGAAUUUAGUCCAGAAGAUGCAGGAAGGUCUGAUCGAGAGUUCCUUUAUGAUAUCCUUGGAGAAGUUAUUAAAGCUGGUGCAACAACACUUAACAUACCUGAUACGGUUGGAUACACUGUUCCAAGUGAAUUUGGACAAUUAAUUGCUGACAUAAAAGCCAAUACUCGGGGGAUUGAAAAUGUGAUAAUUUCAACACAUUGCCAGAAUGAUCUUGGGCUUUCUACUGCCAAUACUUUAACUGGAGCUUGUGCAGGUGCAAGACAACUAGAAGUGACCAUUAAUGGCAUUGGUGAAAGAGCUGGAAAUGCUUCUCUGGAGGAGGUUGUAAUGGCCUUAAAAUGUCGCGGAGAGCAAGUAUUAGGCGGCCUCUACACGGGGAUUAACACUCAACAUAUUGUCCCGUCGAGCAAAAUGGUGGAGGAGUACACUGGGCUGCAGGUGCAGCCACAUAAGGCCAUUGUUGGAGCUAAUGCAUUUGCUCAUGAAAGUGGCAUCCAUCAGGAUGGAAUGUUAAAACACAAGGAUACCUAUGAGAUUAUAUCUCCUGAUGAUAUUGGGCUUAGUCGUUCUAAUGAAGCGGGUAUUGUCCUUGGGAAACUCAGUGGUCGCCAUGCAUUGAAAUCCAAAAUGCUUGAGCUUGGAUAUGACAUUGACGGAAAAGAACUAGAGGACCUCUUUUGGCGUUUUAAGUCAGUAGCUGAGAAGAAAAAGAAAAUUACAGAUGAUGACUUAAUAGCACUGACGUCAGAUGAAGUUCUCCAGCCUAAUGUUUAUUGGAAGCUUGGAGAUGUACAGAUUACGUGUGGAAGUCUUGGCCUCUCUACAGCAACUGUGAAGCUUAUAAACACUGAUGGUCAAGAGCAUAUUGCUUGUUCAGUUGGAACAGGACCUGUUGAUGCAGCUUAUAAGGGAGUGGACCUCAUUGUGAAGGUGCCUAUAACGCUCCUUGAAUAUUCCAUGAAUGCAGUCACAGAAGGUAUAGAUGCCAUAGCAUCAACCAGAGUGUCAAUCUGCAGUGAGGAUGGGCAUAAUGUAACGAAUGGUUCAACUGGACAGACUAUUCACCGCACAUUUAGUGGAACUGGAGCAGAUAUGGAUGUUGUUAUCUCAAGUGUCCGAGCAUAUAUUGGUGCAUUGAACAAAAUGUUGAGUUUUGAAAAGCUGGUCUCAAGAUACAGCAAACCUGAAGACAGUGUGGUGGUAUAAAUGGUCCUAUGUUCUAGUUCUCGUCAUUUCUCUUGUCAAUUGUAUAGAAGUAGGGUAGGGUACCUUAUCAACAAAUUACGACUUGCCUGGAAGAAGUGACAACGAUAAAAGGCAAAUUUGAGUCGUCAUGCAUUUUCAUUUUCUUCCAUUCUUCUUCUGCAGGUUGAUGUACAGCUUGUAGUAUUAGAUGUGUCAUCUGUGAAAGUCAUUUAGGCUUUGUGUUGUACCAAUUAAACAGUCACUUAAUGUGGUUUAGCUUUAAAUUUGUUUGUGCUUAAACAAAGCUAUGUUAGGAGCUUCUCUUUGAAGUUAAUUACAGAAACAUCUGAGGUUUCUUUCUGAA